AAUUCGCGAGGGUUAUGUUUUCUGCUUCUGAACGAGGAACCAAACCCUGCUCUUGUAUCUCUCUCACCGUGAUUCGUAACAAACACUGCAUCAUCAGAAUCGUUAUAGAUCGCGGUGGCUCGCUCCAUUGGGGUUAGUUUCUCCCCUUCAAUCUCUCACCUUCAUGUUGAAAACAUUCAAAUCCUCAACCAAUGUGAGUAGGGUCUCGCUACUUCGCUUCAAAAUCCCUUUUUUCCCACUUUGCACAACUGCCCCGGGCAGCAAUUUGUAUGAUAAUGAAUGUGAGAGUAGUGACACUGAGACAGAGUGGGAGAGAUUGCUCAAACCCUUUGACCUCAAACAGCUUAGAAGGUCACUCGCCCCAAUUAGCCCUUUUCAGCUUUGUAAAUUGCUGGUGCUUCCUCUUGACAUUCCCACUUCAAUGGAACUGUUUCAAAGGGCUGGUGCCCAAAAGGGGUAUUGCCACACCUUUGAUGUCUACUGUCUCUUAAUUGAUAAGCUUGGGGCUGUUGGGGACUUCAAAGUUGUUGAAAACUUGUUGAAGCAAAUGAAAGAUGAAGGAGUUGUGUUUAAGGAAUCACUCUUUAUUUUGAUCAUGAAGCAUUAUGGGAAGGCAGGGUUGCCUGGCCAGGCAACUAGGCUUUUGUUGGACAUGUGGGGUGUUUAUUCCUGUGACCCUACUUUCAAGUCCUAUAAUGUUGUGUUGCAGAUUCUGGUUGAUGGGAAUUGUCCCAGGGUAGCACCUAAUGUUUUCUAUGACAUGUUGAGUAGAGGUGUUUCUCCCACCGUGUAUACCUUUGGUGUGGUCAUGAAAGCCUUGUGUAUGGUUAAUGAAGUUGAUUCGGCUUGCUCGCUUCUCAGGGACCUGGCGAAGCACGGGUGUGUUCCAAAUUCUGUCAUUUACCAGACCCUGAUUCAUGCUCUCUGUGAAAACAAUAGAGUGAGUGAAGCGAUGCGGCUUUUGGAGGACAUGUUUCUGAUGUGUUGUGAGCCUGAUGUUCAGACCUUCAAUGAUGUCAUCCGUGGCCUUUGCAGGGCCGGUCGGAUUCAUGAGGCAGCGAAGUUGGUUGAUCGAAUGUUUCUUCGAGGUUUCAGCGCAGAUGCUCUCACUUAUGGAUAUUUAAUGCAUGGGUUGUGCAGAAUGGGGCAAGUUGAUGAAGCAAGGACCUUACUGAACAAAAUUCCCAGUCCCAACACUGUGCUCUAUAAUACAUUAAUCAAUGGAUAUGUUUCUAGUGGAAGGUUUGAAGAAGCCAAGGGUCUUCUGUACAAUAGCAUGGUAACUGCGGGUUAUGAACCUGAUGCCUACACGUUUAACAUAAUGAUCGAUGGAUUUUGCAAGAAAGGGUAUUUGGUUUCGGCCCUUGAAUUUUUAUCUGAGGUGGUAGCAAAAGGCUUUGAGCCCAAUGUGAUCACGUACACCAUAUUGAUAAAUGGUUUCUGCAAGCAAGGCAGAUUCGAGGAAGUGGCUGAAAUUUUGAAUAGCAUGUCAACCAAGGGUCUGAGUCUGACUACAGUUGGGUACAAUUGCUUGAUCGGUGCACUGUCAAAGGAUGGGAAGAUUGAAGAAGCUUUACAACUGUUUCGCGAAAUGUCAACCAAAGGAUGUAAACCUGACAUUUAUACAUUUAAUUCUUUAAUACAUGGACUGUGCAUGAAUGAUAAGAUGGAAAAUGCCUUGAGUUUGUAUCAUGACAUGUUCUUGGAGGGUGUCAUUGCUAACACAGUAACGUACAAUACGUUGAUUAGUGCACUUCUUAUGAGAGAUUCAGUUCAACAAGCAUUUAAGCUUGUCGAUGAAAUGCUAUUUAAAGGGUGUCCUUUAGACAGUAUUACGUAUAAUGGCCUUAUUAAAGUUCUGUGUAGAACUGGGUCAGUUGAAAAAGGAUUGGGAUUGUUUGAAGAAAUGCUUGGGAAAGGGAUUUUUCCAACUGUUACAACUUGCAAUAUUUUGAUCAGUGCCUUGUGUAGAACUGGAAAAGUAAAUGAUGCUUUAAAAUUUCUCCGGGAUAUGAUUCAUCGUGGUUUGACACCAAAUGUAGUCAGUUAUAACUGCCUGAUCAAUGGUCUUUGCAAGAUGGGUCAUGUUCAAGAGGCACUAAACAUUUUUAAUAGGUUACAAGGUGAAGGAAUUUGUCCUGAUGAUAUUACAUAUAACACACUGAUCAGUAGACACUGUCAUGAGGAUAUGUUUAAUGAUGCGUGUCUGCUUUUACAUAGAGGCGUAGAUAAUGGGUUCAUUCCCAAUGAAAUCACUUGGUCAAUACUGAUAAACUAUUUUGUAAAAAAAAUGCCACGGGGAGCAAGACUUUCUAAGGAUUACAUGGUGGAAUUUGGAGCUUCUUCUCCUUGAAGCCAACAUAUUGUAUGGAGUAUUGAUUUCAUUUGAUUUGUCUUUUGGCAUUCUGAUGUCUCAAUUUUGAUCCAUUUUCUACUCUCAUGGAAAAUUGGGAGUCCAGCAUUUUACCGUGACUUGUUUUUAAUAUUUAUGAGUCAUAUUGCUGGUUGGAUUUUGGAGUUUGCACAAGUGCAUAAUGGGGAAAGACUAUUCUGCGUUAUCUCGUCAAACAUAUCGAAGUUUUCUGUAGAUGAAGCAUAAACAUUCACUUUUUAUGAAGUAUCAGUAGAAAGAGAGGUAGUUUGGCUGGUUCCACUUCUUUUUAAGAGAAACACUACCUGUUGGGGUGGAUAAGAAGUCACAGGGUUCGUAGUUGGUUGCUCCCCUGGACUAGCUUGAAUUAUAAGGAAAAAGCGAAGUGGCCUGGGAUAAGGAACUGUCACAGCCGCUGAGUUGGUGUGAUGACUGGUGCAGACGAGCUUGGAUUUGAGGGGAAAACAGUGGUAGACUGCUGAAAAAUCCUAUAAUCUGUUACCAAAACUUUGAGUUUGGGACAUUUGAUUUUCGAGAGGAAUGAAGCACCAACAGAUGUUGAAGGUGAGGUGUUUUGAUUAAAACAAUGACAACAUUCCACAAUGAAGCACAUGGACUUCCAUGUAAUAUAUCACACCACUAUAUCAAUAAUUAGUUUGAUUUUAUACUGAUAAAAGUUAGCUACGUGACAUAAAGGAAGUAAAAGUUACAAUCAAACCAGUCAUCAGGGCUCGGUAGAAGGACUACUACUCUGUAGUUUGAGAGCAAUGUGGUACAUAAAUCCUCGUACUGCUGCCCCAGGUCAUAAACUUUCUACAUCUGGCAUUUCCUGCGAUAAUUAUGUGAGCCAACAAGAUUGGGAAGUCCCAGAAAUGGCAUGGCAUCAAUGGCGGAUUUUUCAAUAGUACAUUCUUCCUUGUAAGGAAUGUUUGAUGAAAAGUUAUGGUGGCAGAAUUUGGUGUUGCAUAUUGCAAGUUACUUAUAUAUGGAUUGAUCUAACAUUUUA